AUGGCAGUGCAGGUGGGUGAGACCCUGGACCUGGAGAAGGAGAGUGGGGCUGGGGGCUCCCUGAGCCACCCGUGCUCUCUCUGCACUGAGCUGGAGUUUGAAGCCUUCUGUGCAGGGGGCCUGGCCCCCGGCUGGAACCCGCUCGUCCAGGGACAUGCUGACGCUGGAGAGGACAGGUCAUUCGAUAUUCACUUCCUGUCGGAGACGGGGGACAUUGCCUUCCACGUCAAGCCCCGGUUCUCCAGCACCACCAUGGUGGGCAGUGCCUUCCAGGGCGGCCGCUGGGGCCUGGUGGAGGUGUCUAGCAUCUUCCCGCUGGCCCCGGGGGAGCCCUUUGAGGUGACAGGGGCCUGGCCUGCCCAGAUAGAGGGCAGCUCGGACGCGGAGCAGUUCCACGUCUACGCCCAGGAGCACAAGGUGCUGCAGUCCCCACACCAGCAGAGGCCGCUGGGCACCAUCACCAGGGUGCACGUGCUGAGUGACACCUCUGUCCAGGUGGAGGAGCUGGCCAAGAGGGGCCUGAGCUGGGGGUAA